AUGCAGAUACAUUUACUAGGUCCGCAGUGCGACAAUUUUACUCCGGCGCGCUGGAAGUUUGUGGAGGGAAUGGGAAUGGAUCAGAACCCUUCAGCUCAGGAAGUCACUUUCAGAGCUCUGUGUCGAUAUGUUUUUCUCAACACUAGUAAGGGACAAAUGGUUGCGUUCAGAGCGUUUGAUAAGUAUCUACAUCGCAAGUACCCAACGACAUUCAGUUGCAAGCUAAGCUUCCAGCAAUUACGCCAGGGUAUGGUUGCAAUAUCAAGAACGUACGUGAACAAGAAUGUGACCACGGACCUGUACGAAUCGAUGGUACAAGAGAUUAUGUUUGGCCAUGCACCAAGUGGAAUUUGCCCGGCGGAUUCAAACCUAAGUGGAACACCUAGAAAGCGCUGCAUCGUAGAAAGUGCUUGUCAACCUAAAUCUCGAAAAAUGGCAUUUUGCGAAGCUAAACAUGUCAGCUUUACAAUGUUUUGCAAAGCUAGACAAUAAGAAUGUGGGUUUUUGCAAACCUAACAUGUUUAGGUUUGCAAGAGAGCAUGUGACCUGUUAUACCCAAAUAGGAAAUGUAAUGACCGCCUAUUUAGGUAGUUUUGCUGGGGUUGCAUGCCGAGCCCUCAGGAUGUUAGAGGGAUGGUUUUGGAAGAUCGAAGUCUAACUGUUUCCGAGAACAAGGUAAAGAAUCGCCGGUCACCGCUGAUUGAUUCCUGAGUAUGCAAAGAAACGACUGCUGCCACUAAGCGGGAAAGCACUUGCUGCUCUUCAAGAGAUUAACCAGGGCCACCCCCCAGUAUGUGCUUUACUUUCUGGCUGUACUGCGACAAAUACAGAUACAUUUACUGGGUCCGCAGUGCGACAAUUUUACGCCGGCGCUGGAAGUUUGUGGAGGGAAUGGGAAUGGAUCAGAACCCUUCAGCUCAGGAAGUCACUUUCAGAGCUCUGUGUCGAUAUGUUUUUCUCAACACUAGUAAGGGACAAAUGGUUGCGUUCAGAGCGUUUGACAAGUAUCUACGUCGCAAGUACCCAACGACAUUCAGUUGCAAGCUAAGCUUCCAGCAAUUACGCCAGGGUAUGGUUGCAAUAUCAAGAACGUACGUGAACAAGAAUGUGACCACGGACCUGUACGAAUCGAUGGUACAAGAGAUUAUGUUUGGCCAUGCAGCAAAGACAAGUCUUCAGAACUAUGGAGUGGAUAGUUUUUCGUUGAGGUCUGUGAGCGGAACAACCGCAACCUACCUCCAAAGCCGCGCGUCCACCGAGUGGCUGGAAUGGAUAGGGUUUGAGCGGAUAACGAAAGUAGAAAAACCAAACAAAAAUGCUAGAUGGGGUGCCUCGUUCGGUUCCCAUUAGAUGUCCUGACGACCUGAACACAGCCGGAAAAGAAGUGUAUGGAGACGAUUUCCAGUUUCGUAAAGGACAGUUUUCCGUGUGCGUAGAGAUGUACUUGUCAAACGUGCCCUCGCUCGCCAUAAUUGCCCCACCUGGGUACGGUAAGACGGUACUAUAUCGAGUUCCCAUGAAGGCGCUGCAAGCGAAGCCUGAUGUAAAGUACGUUUCCUUUGUGUGUGUUCCAUACACUGUGUUGGAAGCGGGAACACUAACGCGGAUGAGAAACGGGGGACUGCUAGCCAACAGUAUCAAGUUCUUUCUUGAGCGGGGGUCAUGACGGUAUUUCUGACGUAUACAUAGGAACAUACAACGACGUUGCGAGCAAUGAGUUUGCUUUACAGAUUCAGGGGUGGGAGUCCAUCUAUGGAUCGAGCCCAGCAAGCGUCUACUCCACGCCUGGGGUAUCUUGUGAUUGACGAGUAUCACAACAUCGAGACCGAGGAGUAUAGACGAGAGACGUUUGAGCCCAUGAAAAAUGUAAACUUUAACAAGUUUGAAAAGGUGGUCUUUCUCAGCGCCACUGCGACAGAAUGGGAUAAUAGUAGGGCUGCGAUGUGCCGGUUGGGAUUCCCGGGGGUGCUUGAGGAUGGAGAGCACUUGGUUGCGGAGUGUGGCGAAGGUACGGCGUUGAUGAUGGAUUUCAAGACGAAGGUUAUCGACUUGGUGGACAAACCGCCGCUCGGCCAUAUCUAUAAGGAUAUAGUAACUUCCAAGAACUCGCCCAAGGAAGCCUUGGAACUACUAAAGAGUCUAUUUGCCCUUGAGCCGCAUGCCAAGGCUAUUGUAGCAGUGGGCCGCAGGGCCCUGGUGGAGGAGCUUGCAAUUGAGUGGAACAGACAUUUCAACAUUCUUUGGAUCCACGGAGACUUGUCAUCGGAGGAAAAGACACGGCGAACACAAAGGUUUAUCAACGACGGGGGUAUGCGUGUACUCAUUGGAACAAAGCUUGUGUCCGAGGGAAUCACUUUCAAGGAACUGUGAAUGGUUUUAAUCACAGAUCAUUUCCUUAAGUUAGACGAGCUCAACCAGUGCGCGGACGUCCCAAUGGGUUCUGUUCACUGGUUUUGAAUAGUGACG